AUGAGCCGAGAUUUCAAACCCGGAGACUUGAUCUUUGCCAAGAUGAAGGGUUAUCCCCAUUGGCCAGCCAGGGUGGAUGAAGUUCCUGAUGGAGCAGUAAAGCCUCCUACGAAUAAAAUGCCUAUUUUCUUUUUUGGCACCCAUGAGACGGCAUUUUUGGGACCAAAGGACAUAUUCCCUUACUCUGAAAAUAAAGAUAAAUAUGGCAAGCCAAAUAAAAGAAAGGGUUUUAAUGAAGGGUUGUGGGAAAUUGACAACAAUCCAAAAGUGAAGUUCUCUCAUCAGCAGUUGUCCCCUAAAGGGGAUAAUAACUUACCUGCAGAAGCUGAAGCGGAAGAAAAGGAUAUGGAUACUUCAAAGGAAGAUGACCUACCUUCGGAAAAAAGCAGUAAAGAAGAUAUGGUGAAAACAAAUGAUGCUUCUAUUCCUAAAGUUGCUAGAAGAGGAAGAAAAAGAAAGGCUGAAAAACAAACUGAAAAUGAGGAAACAGCAGCAGUUGCAACAGCAGCAGUGGCACCAGCAGUGGCAACAGCAGCUCCUGUGCCAGUGUCUCCAAAAGUAAGCCCCAAGAGAGGAAGACCAGCAGCUUCUGAAGUAAAAGUUCCAAAACCAAGAGGGAGACCCAAGCUGGUGAAACCACCUUGUCUUUCAGAAAGUGAUUUCAUUAAUGAGGAGGAGAAGGUAAAGAAAAAAGGACCAGAAGAAAAGCCCAAAAAACAAGGCAAAAAAGAUGAGGAAAGUCAGAAAGAAGAGGAUAAAUCUAAGAAGGAACUCGACAAAAAGGAAGGAAAGAAAGAGACUGAACCUAAAAGGAAAAGCGCUCUAAAAGUGGGUUCCGCCUCAGCUUCUGAUUCUGAGGAUGACGGAGAAGAGCAAGAAGGUGACAAGAAGAAAAAAGGGGGAAGAAGCUUUCAGGCAGCUCACAGAAGAAACAUUGUAAGAGGACAUGAGAGAGAAGUAGCAGAAAGAAAGCGUAAGCAAGAGGAGCAGACAGAAUCUGAAUUGCAGAGUAAAGAAGAAAUCAAGAAAACAGAAAUUAAGAAGAUGGAGAAGAAGAGAGAAACAUCAAUGGAUUCUAGGCUUCAAAGGAUACAUGCAGAAAUUAAGAACUCCCUGAAAAUUGAUAAUCUUGAUGUGAACAGGUGCAUUGAGGCUCUUGAUGAGCUUGCAUCCCUUCAAGUCACAAUGCAACAAGCUCAGAAACAUACAGAGAUGAUUCUGACUCUAAAGAGGAUAAGGAAAUUCAAAGUUAGCCAAGUUAUCAUGGAGAAAUCUACAAUGCUCUACAACAAGUUCAAGACCAUGUUUCUGGUUGGGGAAGGAGAUUCUGUUCUUUCCCAAGUACUAAAUAAAUCACUUGCUGAACAGAAGCAGCAUGAGGAAGCCAACAAAACCAAAGAACAGUGGAAGAAAGGAGCAAACAAAAAAACGGAAAAGGACCAAACAGGUCCAAAGGUUCUAAAUGGAGGGUCUGAAGCUCAAGACACCAACCAGCCACAACACAAUGGAGAGAACACUGAGGAAAAGAAAGACAGGCAUGAAGCUGGCACUAAGAGAAAGACAUGUGAAGAAAGAGAGCUUGAAAAGACAGCAAAAGAUUCGGCCUUUGAAAGCAAAUGACACCGCUGGAGUAAUUUUUUAAAACACAAAUUUAAGGGGAUAGUUAAGAUUUGCAUUUGAAAUCUAUAGACUGCUGAAAGUUUAAA